GUCAGCAUUGUCUUCUUCCCCCGUCAGUCACCAGACCUUUUUAUCGCUCCCUCCUGAAAGAGCGAGAAAAUGAGCGUGUGAGGGUGCGGCAGCACACACGGGGGAGGGGUGCGGCUUCUUUACGAGCAGCCGGUGAGGCUCGGAGAGUCGCAGAGAGGCACGGCACUGUGGGCAGCAGUCCGGAGGGAUGGGGGACGGAGCAGGUGACCGAGCUCCUGCCCGGUGCCGAUGCCUUACCCAACGCCACCACGCCAUGCGGGAGGAUCUUUUCUGUUCCACCAUUUUCCAGCUGCGUGGUCCUUGGUGUCUGGUCACUGCAGCGGCUCUCAUCUGCAAAAAGUAACAUAUGGGACUCAUCAGAGGUCAGUCAAAGGCAGGGGGAGUGGAGAGCCCAGCACGCGACCUCCGACCUCCUGAAACAUCAACACACUCCUGGGCACCCACGACAGAGCGUGCGGUGAUAAGAGAAAUGGUUCUAUUUCCUGGUGGAACAAUAUUUUAAGGGAGGACUGGACCUAAGGUCCUAGUGUGUGUGUGAUAACCUCUCAAUCUUCAGGACCCUGUGGCAGCUUCGGUUUCCUGGCAGCAAAUCUGACUGUAAUGAAUUAAAAACCAAAAAUAAGAGCUGGAGUUCAGAACCAGAGCUUUUGAGUGUUUUUUCCUGGAAGAUCACAGCACCAGCAGAGGCAGGCAGAGAGGCAGGGAGGGGACUUUAUCCCUCUCCAUGCCAGUGUCCACUACAUUUGAAUAGGGGUUAAGGCAGACGACCAGAGAGAAAGAGGAGGAGAGAGAGAGAGCAAGAGAGCGAGCGAGAGAGCAAGCGAGAGAGUGAGGACCCCUGUGAUGACUCUCAGUGUGGGUGGCCAUAUCAACAGACAUCCAGCGUCCACUUCCUAAUCAGAACAAGUGAGCUGCAGGACUUAAUUUCCCAGAAUUCCCUCUGGGCUCCUUGAGGUUCCCUGAGGAGUGGCGUGACCAGGCAGGAGGCGUGGGAGGACAGGAUGUGGGAGGGGCUCAGGUUGCAGGUGUUCUGGUUGUGUCUGGGCUUGGCGGUGUGGAACACUGCAGUGGCUGUGUCCCGGGGCCCCCAGGAGCGGGGCCCCCAGGAGCGGGGCCACCGUCGACACCUCUCGCCGUACCGACACCGUGAGAGACGCAAGGAGGGCCAGGUACUCCAUCGCUCCAAACGGGGCUGGGUCUGGAACCAGUUUUUCGUCAUCGAGGAGUAUACGGGCCCUGAUCCAGUGCUCGUAGGACGGCUUCACUCAGACGUCGACACGGGAGAUGGAAACAUUAAAUACAUCCUCUCCGGGGAAGGAGCGGGCACAAUCUUUGUCAUCGAUGACAAAACCGGAAACAUCCACGCCACAAAGACCCUGGACCGGGAGGAGCAGGCAGAGUACACACUCACGGCCCAGGCUGUGGCCCGGGACACCAACAAACCAUUGGAGCCACCCUCUGAGUUCAUCGUGAAGGUGCAAGAUAUCAACGACAACCCUCCAGUGUUCCUGCAGGGGCCCUACUACGCCCGCGUGGCAGAGAUGUCCAAUGUGGGCACGUCGGUGAUACAGGUGACGGCGUCAGACGCGGACGACCCGACAUACGGCAACAGCGCCAGGCUGGUGUACAGUAUCCUACAGGGUCAGCCAUACUUCUCUGUGGAGCCCCACACAGGGAUCAUCCGCACUGCUCUGCCCAACAUGGACCGUGAGGCUAAGCAGGAGUAUGAUGUGGUGAUCCAGGCGAAGGACAUGGGAGGCCACAUGGGGGGGCUGUCCGGCACUGCACAGGUGAAAAUCACCCUGACCGACGUCAAUGACAACCCGCCCAAAUUUGCCCAAGGUGUCUAUGCCAUGUCCAUCGCGGAGGACAGGGUACCAGGAGAGGAGGUGGGACGUCUGAAGGCCAGAGACCCGGACCAGGGUGAGAACGGCCUGGUGGACUACGCCGUACUGGAGGGAGAUGGCAUGAGUGUGUUCGAGAUCAGCAAGGACUCCGAGAGUCAGGAGGCCGUCAUCAAACUGAAGAAGCCUGUGGAUUUCGAAACGAAGCGUUCGUACACGCUGAAGGUGGAGGCCGUCAACCCCCACGUGGACUCUCGCUUCCUGAGCUGGGGACCGUACAAAGAUACCACAGUUGUAAAAAUCUCAGUGGAGGACGCGGACGAGCCGCCUGUCUUCAUCGCUCCAAACUACAGCUUCGAGGUGGAGGAGAACGCGCCCUGGGGGACCCUGGUGGGCCGUGUUCAUGCCAAGGACACAGACAUCGCCAAUAACCCUAUCAGAUAUCUAAUCCCUCGCUACACUGACUUGGAAGAGUUCUUCACCAUCAGCCCGGAGGAAGGCACCAUAAAGACCACUCGGCCACUGGACAGGGAGACGCAGGCUUGGCAUAACAUCUCAGUCAGCGCCACAGAAAUUGGUGGACAUCACCAAGACGCAAAGGUUCGCGUCAACAUCAAAGUGAAAGAUGUGAAUGACAACGCCCCGGAAUUCGCCACUCAGGAUGAGGUGCUUAUGUGUGAAAACGUGACACCUGGCAAAGCCAUUAAGACAGUGAGUGCUGUGGAUAAGGAUGAGAUGUCUCCACGGCAACACUUCCAUUUCAGCCUGGCACCCAAGGCGGUCAGCAACCACAACUUCUCCCUGAAGGACAACAGAGACAGCACGGCCACCAUAGUGGUGAUAAGAAAGGGCUUCAGCAGGAUGAUCCAGGACGUGUACGCCCUGCCCAUUGAGAUCAACGACAACGGCGUGCCUCCACUGAGCAGCACCAACACCCUCCUGAUCCGUGUGUGCAGCUGCGACAGUAAAGACACCAUCCUGUCCUGCAAUGUUGAGCCCUACAUCCUGCCCGCGGGGCUCAGCACCGGGGCGCUCAUCGCCAUCCUCGCCUGCAUCGUCAUCCUUCUGGCUAUUGUUGUGCUGUUUGUGGCCCUGAGACGGCAGAAGAAGGAACCGCUGAUCGUGUUUGAGGAAGAGGACAUUCGUGAGAACAUCAUCACCUACGACGACGAGGGGGGCGGAGAGGAGGACACCGAGGCCUUCGACAUCGCCACCCUGCAGAACCCGGACGGCAUCAACGGUUUCCUGCCCCGCAAGGACAUCAAGCCCGACCUGCAGUUUCCACUCCGGCCCGGCCUGCGACCCGUGGCCAACAGCGUGGACGUGGACGAGUUCAUUAAGACACGCAUAUCGGACGCAGACAACGACCCGACCGCUCCCCCGUACGACUCCAUCCAGGUGUACGGCUACGAGGGCAGGGGUUCGGUCGCCGGGUCACUCAGCUCGCUCGAGUCGGUCACCACUGACUCCGAUCUGGACUACGAUUACCUCCAGAGCUGGGGACCGCGGUUCAAGAAACUGGCCGAACUUUACGGCACCAAAGACCCGGCUGAGGACAACUCUUAACAACCACUUUGUAGAUCCUUCCACUCUUCCUUCCAUCACGUCCACUAACUAUGUGUACUGUGUGAGGUUUACUAUGAGUAUUCCACAAUCUCAUUGAUUUAUAGUAAACUUUAGGUUGUUCUGUUUGCUCGUCUGAAGUAUACGUGCAGUAUACGACACACCGGUAGGAAUCAUUCAUAGUGUGAUCGGAAGAUGAGGCAGACAAGCUGCAAGAUAUAGAAAUAAAAAACAAUAACAACAAAUAAAAAAACAAUAAUAAUAAAUAAAAAAUAACAACAAUAAAUAGAAAAUGUAAAAAAUUUAAAAGAUAAACUAGAAAGAGAUGCCUCUGUGGUGCUCCGAUGUGAGAGUGAGUGUGCGACUGUGUGGUUUGAGAUCUAAGGAACCCAGAGUGCAAUGGUUGGAGGCCGGGACGUGGGUCACAGACACGUGGGAUUGCUGAUAUACUGUGAAUGAGCUCACAAAGGAGAUAAAAACAGUUGCCUUAUUAUCGAAACUCGAGAACGUCAGCAACCUGGACUUUGUCCCUCAUGUAGCGCCCCCUUGUGGCUGCUGGAUGACCUGGCAAUCAGGCCUCUCCUUGAGGAUUUUAGGUUUCUUUUAAAGUCGUUUUUCUUUUUCUUCUACUUCCUUCCUCCCUUUGAAGUCUUGGCAUAGAGUAAACCAGAAAAGGCCCUUUCAGUUCCACUUACCCAGAAGAACAGAAAUAAACCACUACAAAAUAGACGAGAAUUCCCCACCUCCAAACAACAAUCAUUAAGAACGACACACGAGCUCAAAAAUCGCCUUAAAUUCUGGACACUCUCGCAGCGCAGUGCAUUUUUUGUAACUUGAAACUAUAUCCUGAAGCUAAAAUCCAUAUAACAUAUGUACAGAACACGUGCAAAUAUGUCUCUGGAGGACAACACCUGCCUCUCCAUUCAUGUAAAUCUCUUUUGUUUAUAUUACAAUGGUAUAAUUAUAAUUCUCAAUACUUUCAGUCUCUUUGUUUCUCAUUUACUUUAAUGCGUAUAUUAUUCUCCCUCGUAAGACAAUAGCAAUCCUGUCCUGUCGCCGUGAGAAACAGCUAAUUUCUAUGUCAAUUUUAUGGUAACUAUUUGUACAAUUUUAAAAGUUCUUAUUUUAGUAUACAUACAAAUCAGUAUUUCAACAUGUAAGAAACUGUUACAGCAUCACACUUAUAUUUUAUGAACAUUGUACUGUUGCUUUGUUAUGUGCUUCAAUCCACGAAGCGGAAAACUUUGAAAUAAAUGCUCUUUUUAUAAAAUAA